AACGUAAUUUAUGUAUAGUUUGAGUGCUUUAUUGACUACAAAUUGUUUCCAUUGUUUUCAUCGAUUGUCUCAUAAAUUGAAUGUCAAUUCUGGCGACUGCUAUGACCUCACAUGUGGUGACCGCCGAACCCGUGGCCGAAGAGAAACCAAUAGACAGGGAGAAGAAAUGUCCAUUACUUCUUCGUGUGUUUCUCUCGAUGAACGGCAGACACAACAACUGCAAUGAGUUCUCGCGUAACGAAUGUCCACCGAAUGAGCUUCAGGUGUACACUUGGACUGACGCCACACUCAAAGAGAUAACCGGUUUGGUCAAAGAAGUGAAUCCAGAUGCCCGACGAAAGGGAACAUUCUUUGACUUUGCUUUGGUAUAUCCCGACCCUCGCGGACCUAUUUAUAGGAUGCGAGACAUUGGCACAACUUGUAGUGGUGUCAAAAAUCCCGACGAUAUUAAGACUCUGGCCGAUUGUCGCUUUCAAAUCGGCGAUUAUUUAGAUAUCGCUAUUCAAACGCCAACAGAUCGACGGCCAGUCAACAGACGUGACGGCGGCGGCGGAGGAUAUAUGGGUCGACAACACGAUCGUCGCGACCGACCGUAUUAGACGUUUAUACAACAAGUCAUUCAAAUCACAUGAGUUGCGCUUCAUUUAACACUUUU